GCCAAGAUGUCGUCAGUGGGGAAGGUGACCCAGGUUCAGAACGGGAACGUCUACCAUCAGAUCUUCCAGGCUGAGGUGCAGCUGGUCCGAUCCCUGGCAGCCACUCGGAAGUGGGCUGUGGAGCGUUCUUUGACCCCAAAGAAUGUCAGGACACCCAUGAUCAAGAAGGUGGAGAUUCCUGAAGGAGAGUUGUUGUCUCCUCGGCAGCAGAAGUGGGUGCACAGCCUCCCCAAUGACUGGGUCACAGAAAACCCAGUUCUAUACAGGGAAAAGGAAAUAGCCAAGAGGGAAAAAGCCCGAGACAGUGAGAGCACCAUCGCUGCCCGAGAAGUGCGGGGCCUCAUGGACACCAUUGUUCCUGAGAAGAAAAGCGCCCUUCAAGGGCGAGAAGAAGCCAAGAGGAGGGGCCACGAGAGCGCUCUGGCGAGCUUUCAGGAGGAGAUCGCGCAGAUUGGGAUGGAAAUGGAACCUCUCAUCUUGGAGAAAGGGGGACUUUUUUUGAGAAAGCUGUCCGAAUCUAAUGACGACAUCGAACAUCUCUUCAAAAAGGUGGAAAAUGACACCAACCUUGAGGAUUUCACCAUCCAAACUCUGUGGGAGCUGCGGGACAAGGUGGCCGAGAUGUUCCUGCUCCAGAAGCAGGCGAUUAAGGAGCUGGAUGAAGCGCUGCACUCGCUGGAGUUCUCCCGAGCCGACAGACUAAAAUGUGUGUUGAAGAAAUACAUGGGAAUCAUAGAGAAAACUUCCUACCUGGUGCAGCCCGAUGUGUACAGGCUGAUAGAUAAAGAAGCCAUGGUCAUGAACCAUGCCCUGCUGGGCAACCGGAGGGCCAUGGCCCAGCUAUUUGUCAACCUGAUGGAGGCCACCCUGCAGCAGGAACUCUACAGCCACCACCGCUGGCAGUGUCUGGUGGACUCCUGGAAGGCUCUCAAGAAGCAGGCCUUGCAGCAAAGUUUCAGUGAGUUCUUGGCCAGUGAGAAUAUCCAGACUCCUGGGGCUGUGAAGGCGGAGCUGGAGGCCAUGCUGAAGACCCAGGACACCCUGCAGCGAAAUCGGCUGGAGCACCUCUUUACUCUCUGCGACCUCCUGCCCCCUAAUUACAACAAAGCUCAGCUGACUGAGUGGCAUUCUUCUCUCAACUCCCUGAACGAGCAGCUCGACAGCUACCAUGUGGGCUGUGUGAUGCGGAUCCGCUUACUGUAUGAGAAGACCUGGCAGGAUUGCCUGGCCCACGUGCAGCACUGCAAGGAGCAGUUGCUGGACUGGAAAGCCUUCACUGAGGCGGAGGCAGAGGCCCUGGUGAACCCAUCCUUCUUCCAGAUGGUGGGAGUGGUCCAGAGCAAGGUGGAGGAGGAGCUGGAGCUCUUGGACAAAUCCUUUGAGGCCCUGGCAAAGCAGACAGAAUGGCAGAGCUCAGGCCUGUUCAGCUACGUCCAGGAGGCUGUGCAGCUGUGGGAGGCCCACUGGAGGAAGCUGUCAGUGCAGGAGCUGGAGCUCGACAAGAGGGUGGAGCAGCACCGACAGUCGCACAGCCUGGAGAAGGAGGCCCAGGAGGCUCAACUCGAUAAGCUCUUGGACAAACUGAGGCAGCAAAGCCAUGAAGAGAAGUUGACGUUAUACCUGGAAAAAGCCAAAGAUUUUCUGAAGAACAUGAAAUGCAGGUAUGAAUGUUUUCACACUCUCCUGAAAAAGGAAGUGAUGGAAUACCCAGAGAUCAUACUGAAAGAACUCAACUCCUACAGCUUCACCCUCAGCCAACACUUCUUCGUCCGGGAAAUCUUUGAACAGAACCUGACUGGGGAAGUCAUUUUCAAACUCAGGCAACCAGAAGCACAUGAAAAGCACUUUCAGCGGAGAAUGAGAAAACUGAGGAAGACACAGAAGGCUGAAAUGGAAAUGACCAAAGGUGAGGAAAGCGUAAGUCAAGGGACAAGCUCCACCAGGCCAGCAGAAGAGAUGGAAGAAGAAAACGAUGCAGCAAUGGGGUCCUCCACCACCGAAGAGGAGCUGAGCUGGAAGAAAAGAUCCACGCACAGUGACAGGACGGAUGAGUCCAGAGGGGGCUCUGUUCAAGGAUCAGAAGAAAUGCGAGUUGAAAGGAGCUUCUCAAAGCCAUCCCCAAACCAGGAAAGUGAGAUGGCUCAAGAGGAGGAGGAGGAGGAGGAGAAGCAGGAGGAGACCUCGGAGGACGGGAAUGAAGAGGAGGAAGAUGAGGGGGCGAAUGAAGCCCAGGACAGUUUCUCUGCGGAUGAGGCUGGAGCCAAAGAAGAGAGUCUGGAGGAAAUCUCCUAUGAGGAUAUGGAGUACUUCACAACUUCCAGUGGAAACACUUACUUUGUCUUCCUAUCUCUGGAAGAAGAAGAAGAAAAGAGUUGCAGGAGGACCCAUUCCAACUUGGACCUGCUCAUCAAUGACACUUCCAGUGCCAAGUUCAUAGAACAAGUGGUAGUUCCAUCCAGACUCAUUUUAGAAAUUAAGAAACAAAUUCGAGCUGGCUUCUUCGAGCACCUUGAAAAGUGGUUUGACCAAUGUGCCCUCAAUGCCCGGUUCUUUGUGGCCACCAAGAUUGAUGAACUGAAUUCAGAACUGGAGCUGUAUCUGCACCUGCACCAGCCAAGAGCACAGCACAUUGAAAAGGACAUCCAUGACGUCAGGGCAGCCGAGCUCUUGCUUCAUCAAGAGCAGCUGGACAGCCACUGUGCCGGGAUGACCGAGAUACUAAACAAGGAGAGGCUGAUGUUCAGCCAGUUCCAAGAAGAGCAAAACACCAGGAGUAAAAAUUUCCACCGCAAGAUUCACGACAUGGAGCAUAUCUUCUUGAACGCCACAAAGAGCCAAAAGCUGUUCAUUCUCAGCAGUACACUGCACCGGGAACUGCUUAGCUAUGUCGAUGUCAUCCAGUUGUCCCUGCGCAGCUUCAGACAGUACUUGGAGGAUAGUCUUGGCAAACUCCACUACACCAACAUUGAGUUCAUCAAGCACUGCAGACUGUUUUCGGAGGGAGGCAACUUUUCUCUUGCAGAAAUUGACUCACUGUGCCAUCGGCUGGAGAAGCAAGCUUCCCAGAUAGAGUCUGUUGAAAGUUUAAUAAUGACCAAUAUGGAGAAGAUGGAAAAUGACUACCUGGACCAGGCCAAUGAUGCCAUCAAUAAGUUUGAAAGUAAAUUCCAUAACCUGUCUGUGGACCUUAUUUUCAUAGAGAAAAUCCAGCGGUUGCUGACAAAUUUGCAAGUGAACAUCAAGUGCCAGGUGACAAAAUCCAAUUUGCAAACAGAUGGAUUAAAUUCUUCUCUGGCACAGCUUCAACGCAAAAUAGAAGCUUGUCGCAACUCAAAGGGAGAUAAAACAAUGGGGACCACAGAAGACCUCCUUGGCAUUGUCCGAACCUGGAAAGAAAAACUAAGCCAGAGGAUUCAGUACCUCAACUGCAGGCUGGACAUGGUGGCCGAGACUCAAGUGGUCUUUACUCAAGACAAUGUUUUGACUGACAUGGAUGUAGAAAGUGACAUCCUGGUAACUUCAGAAGCCCUUGAAGAAGAGGCCAAGACAGACGCAGUCACCCCUGAGUCCUUCGCCCAGCCGAGUCGCAUGGGGAAACCCAUGACGGAAGACCCAGCCGUGGAAGUGGUCAAGAGGAUCCUGCAAUUUUCCAGCACAAAAUGGUCAGCCCAGCAGUGUGACAAAGAUCAGUCCCAGACAGGUAGGGGCAAGCAGGUCUGAGGGUCUUGGGGCAACCGGUGGUGGGGAGCUGGUGGCACUGUGUCCUCACCUCCUGUCCUCUGCUCUUGUCCUGGGCACCCGUCACAAGGCUUCAAGCGAUAUCGGUGCCGGGCAGAAAACUCUGUGAAGAAGGCCUUGCCCAGCGCCAGCGCCACUUCGGCAGGGAGCAUCACACGGCAUUCCAAGCCGAACAAAAUGGACAGAAAGUACCAGGUGCUCGGAGACAAACCUCCUUCUUUGGCCAAGGACUUUAAAGGGAUCGUCCUGAGCCUCCUCUGGGAGAGCAAUGACCACCUGCUGACUGUCAUGGAGGAUUUUUACCGCAAAGAGAAGCACCCCGUCACCAGGCCUGACUGCAUGUAUGAAACCUUCGACCAGUGCGCUGAGAACGUCGGCAAGAAGAUCCUGGAGUACCAGAGCCAGACAGACGAGUACCACAACUCCUGCCUCAUGGAAUUACGGGCCCAGAUGAGGAGAUUUGAGGAGCUGCUGCCCCAGGUGUGUUGGCUAGUGACAGAGAAUUUCAAGGAGUACCACUGGAAAAAGUUUUCUGCCUCCAUGAAAGAGAUGCAGGAACAGUUCGAGGAAAAGCAGAAGGAGUUGGAGAAAAGCAAGGAUGAAAAUGCCCAGAAGCUCCAUCCAAAUCUUGGACACCCCACAUAUUUCCAAGAAAUGGAGUCUCUACACACAGUGGAAGAAAAAAGACAGGAAGAGCUGGACAAAUUGAUUGGGAUGAACAGGGAGAAGCUGGAGGAAUUCACCAGGAAGUACGGCCAGUUUUUCAUAGCCAGCUUGGCUGCCUUCACUGAGAAAUUCCUGCUGCAGCUGGAUGAAAUAGUCACCAUUGACGACAUCAAGGUUCCAAGUAUGGAGCCCCCCAAGCAGAAAACAUCAGUCCUCAUACGGAGGAAACUCGCUGGGCUCUCACUGGAGGAAGAGAGCGAGAAGCCCCUGAUAGAACGUGGGAGCAGGAAGUGGCCAGGAAUCAAGCCCACUGAUAUCACCAUCCAAAACAAGAUUCUCCUCCAGAAAACAUCCUCAGUAACCACCACCAAAACAACCCUGGGCCACCUGGCGGCCGUGGAAGCCCGAGAUGCUGUGUACCUGAAAUAUUUAGCAUCAUUUGAGGAGGAGAUGAAAAAGAUCCAGGACAACGCCACGUUGCAGGUGAAGGAAGCUCAGCGCUGGAAGGACAGCUGGAGGCGCUCCCUGCACACCAUCCAGGGCCUGUACUUGUGA